CUAGCUGAGCACAAGCUUCUUGGAAACAUCAAGAAUGUGUCAAAGACAGCGAAGAGAGAGCAGCUGUUUGAGAGCAAGAGGUUUAAGGGCUCAGACGUGGACAGCGGGACUGAACAGGUGCAAGCUGCUAAAAUCAGCGACGCUCCGAAAGAAACCAAGACGGAGCCAGCGGACGAGGGGCCUCCGAAGUUCACAAAGAGCAUCCUGAAGAAAGGAGACAAGACCAACUUCCCCCGGAAAGGAGACACUGUGAGCUGCUGGUACACAGGAAAACUGGAGGACGGGAGUGUGUUCGACAGCAACAUCCCCGCGACUGCAAAAAAGAAGAAACAGUCCAAACCGCUGAGCUUCAAGGUGGGGAUGGGCAAAGUGAUCAGAGGGGUGAGCCAAGCAUUCAUUUAG